UUCACCUUUCACGUGGUUUAAAACUUCAGCGUGAUGGCGCGGAAAGCUGUGUUUUGUGCUAAAAAGUGAUCGACUAUUCGUUUUAUUGCUGUAAAAGCUUAAGUCAUGAGUCUGUUGGAGGUGAAGUUCAUCGGGGAUAGGGAUGUUCUGGAGCACAUCGUUGACAAGCAAGAGGUGGUGCCAAGCAGUUCUGGCAAAAUUCACAAGAUGGUCACGUUCAAGAGCCCGAAGGGACGACGAGUCAGAGACGAAGAAGUGAAAGAAAGGGAUGAAAAUGCCCUCCUUGAUGAGCAGAACUAUGUUCAAGCUCUUUGCGCAGAAAGUACAGAAGAUGAUGAGGGUAUGUCCGGAGUUGCAGGAUCGUCCAUUUUCACUUUUCAGAAAAACAAACGGGGCCACAGAAUGGCCCAGACUGCAAAUGAACUGGCACGAACUCCAGGGAAAAGUGUGAGCUUCAGCACAACUCCCAGCAUUGAGCCCUCUACUCCCACUCGGGCAGGCCACAACCUCAGAAGUAAAAACCAAACGCCACAACGGCGCAAAAAAAUACAGUUUGUCUCCACAACACCCCACAGGCUGAGGAAGAGAAUGUCGACUCCCAGCCUUCGAUCAGACAGCGACAGUGAGUUUUCACCCUCCGACUCUGAGGAAGAGGAGGAGGAGGAUGACGUCAUGGUAGAUGAAGCGCAGAAAGUAAAGAAAGAUAUUGGGGAGAACCAGACUCCAAGGACACCAAGUAAAGGUUUAUCAGCAGCACUCUACAGGACCCCUGGCAAAAAGAGCAAGAGCACUCCUGAACCCGUCAACCAGCCCACCAUGGUUGAGGACUAUUUUGAGGCCCACGGCAGCUCCAAAGUUUUAACGUCGGACCGCACACUCGAUCGUUUACACACACCUAAAUUAGACAGGGAGACACUUAUUCAGCUCUUAGAAUUAAACCCCUCCAGUUACCUUCAAGAGAUCAAGUACCUCCACAACAAACAUACAAAGCACUUUGGGAAAUGGAUGCUGCAAUUACAGUUGGGAUUCAGCGUGCUGCUCUACGGAUUGGGCAGCAAGAAAGAGCUCCUGGAGGAAUUUCGGUCUUCUUACUUGUCUCAAGAAAUGCACCUGGUGAUUAAUGGCUUCUUCCCUUCCAUCACACUGAAAUCGAUUUUGAACACUUUGACAUGUGAGGUUCUUGAGCACCAGGGGAGUUUUCGAACACCAUCCGAUCAGAUCCAAUACAUCUCCCAAAAACUUCAAGAUAGCCCAGAUCUUCAUAUCUACGUGUUGAUCAAUAAUAUCGAUGGACCAAUGUUGCGAGGAGAAAAGACCCAGAGCACCUUGGGGCAGCUGGCAUCCCUACCCAACAUUCACUUUGUGGCUACGAUUGACCACAUCAAUGCUCCUCUUGUUUGGGACCAGUUUAAACAGAGUCAGUUUAACUGGCUGUGGUGGGAGUGUGUGACAUUCAAACACUACACUGAAGAGACGUCGUACGAGAACUCUCUGCUGGUGCAGCAAACUGGGGCUCUGGCUCUGUCUUCCCUUACACAUGUUCUCCGCAGCUUGCCCCCAAACGCACGAGGAAUUUUCAAAGUGCUGGUGAAAUUUCAGCUGGAAAACAAAGACAAUCCUUCAUACACAGGAUUGUCAUUCCAAGAUUUUUACCAACGUUGUCGUGAGGCAUUUUUGGUGAACUCUGACCUCACUCUGAGGACUCAGCUGACAGAGUUCAGAGACCACAAACUGAUACGAACGCGCAAGGGUGCAGAUGGUGUGGAGUACCUGAUGGUUGCUGUGAAUGCAAGCACACUGUUGGACUUCUUGGAGAAUGAGGAGGGUGGGUGACUGAGAAGAUCACUAUAAAUUACACUCUUAUUUAUAGCUAACAAAAAUAUAAUGGUUUGUCAGCUAACUCACAGAACAGAUUAGAUUCGGUCAAAAUAGACCUGGUUUCAUUGACUUAGUCUACACCUCCAUCCUUACCUUGUCAUUCAUUUUGUUGAAGUAUGUAUGAUGUGUGCUAAAAGCAGCAGCACAAAUAAAUUCAGUCAAACAGCAA